AUGCCGUCGAAAAAUAUGUUAUGUGCUGAAGCUGCUAAAUCACCACGCAAGACGGACCUGGAGUCGUGGCUCAUUCCAUCGAAGCCGUGGGAACGAGUCCAUAUCGAUUAUGCUGGCCCGAUUAAUGGAUACUACUACUUUCUGCUAAUUGACGCAUAUUCAAAAUGGUCAGAAAUCUACCGCACUCGGAGCACAAACACAACGAAAACGUUGGAAAUGCUAGACGAGAUUUUUUCAAGAUUCGGCAAUCCAAAAAUUCUGGUUUCGGAUAAUGGCUCGCAAUUUGUUAGCGCCCGAUUCAAGCCAUUCUGUGAUGAAGCUGGAAUCACCCACUUAACAAUUGCGCCCUACCAUCCACAGUCUAAUGGACAGGCUGAGCGCUUUGUGGACACUUUGAAAAGAGGACUCAAGAAGUUACGAGAGGGAGGAAAUCCAGCAACUUUCCGACAUCUUCAAACUUUCUUUUCCGUUUACCGGUCCACACCCAAUCGAAGUGCUCGUGAUCAUAAGUCACCUGCAGAACUUUUUCUAGGUAGACCCCUCACUACUACACUAAAUCUUCUUAAGCCCCGAAAAUCAAGCACACCAGCUGUAAACAGUAAGCAGAAUAACCAGUUCAAUCAACGCCAUGGUACCGUCAAGAGAGAGUUCUCCGCUGAUGAUUUAGUGUACGCAGAGGUUCAUCAUCACAAUCAAACCUCAUGGGUUCUUGGCAAGCGUCAUCUAGAAUCCAUUAGUGAAGCUACUGAAUCAAAUUUACCAUGGACCGUGCUGCUUGAGGGAUUUGGAAUGCAAAAUCUGUGUACUCCAUGUUCGGAUGAAACUGCCGAUCAUGAUUCCAAAGAAACUCAACAACCACCUGAAAUGCUGCCCGAAGUGGCACACCCAAUUCAACAAUUGCCUGAAGUAUUGCACCCUGCCGAACCAACAUUGGACCAAGAAAAGGUUCUAGCACCAGAAGUCGUUGUUGAAGGCAUCAAUCCGCAGUGCUCCAAUCAACCCAUUCGUAACCGAAGGCUACCGGCAUGGCUCGGAUCCUACGAUCUCUUUUAA